UCUUGUUCCUCAAGUCAGCUUUGAUCUUUAUAUCCCCAGUGACCGGAGGAAUAAGACAACCGGAUCGAAAUUGGGAGAAAGAAGAUCUAAGUAACUGAAGAAAUCUUGGCGAACAGAUCUGACGAUGGAGUGCGUGUUCGGUCUCGUUGGUAAUGGAUUCGCCAUCGUGGCGGCGGAUACAUCGGCAGUUCACAGCAUACUUGUCCACAAGAACAACGAGGACAAGAUCAUGGUCCUUGACUCACACAAGCUCAUCGCCGCAAGCGGAGAGCCUGGUGACCGGGUUCAGUUUACGGAGUAUGUACAGAAGAAUGUGUCACUGUAUCAGUUCCGAAACGGGAUCCCUUUGACUACCGCCGCUGCUGCCAACUUCACUCGUGGAGAGCUCGCCACUGCUUUGAGAAAGAACCCGUACUCAGUAAACAUCCUGAUGGCUGGCUACGACAAAGAAGCAGGCGCAUCUCUAUACUACAUUGACUACAUUGCAACUCUUCACAAGGUUGACAAGGGAGCAUUCGGUUACGGCUCCUACUUCUCUCUCUCCACAAUGGACAGGCAUUACCGCAGCGACAUGUCAGUUGAGGAAGCCAUUGAACUGGUCGACAAAUGCAUACUUGAGAUCAGGUCAAGGCUGGUCAUUGCACCACCCAACUUUGUGAUCAAGAUCGUCGACAAGGAUGGAGCUCGUGUGCACGCUUGGCGUCAGUCUGUGCAAGAUGUCACCACUGCUUCUGUCUAACUCUCUGUUAUGUUACUAAGCUGAAAUUUGCUAUUUUAUGUUGAAACUUUAAAAGCUUCAUGGAAAAUUAGUUCCCAGAUAUGAUAUUAUAUGACAUUGUUGAAAUUUGAAACAAAAACAUUUUUCUAAUAAGAGAAAAAGCUAUGCU